GGCCGGCUUCGCGGGCGGACCGCGGCGGCGGCGGCGGCAUGGCGGCCCGGCGGGUGAACGUGAACGUGGGCGUCCUGGGCCACAUCGACAGCGGCAAGACGGCGCUGGCGCGCGCGCUCAGCACCACGGCCUCCACCGCCGCCUUCGACAAGCAGCCGCAGAGCCGCGAGCGCGGCAUCACGCUCGACCUGGGCUUCUCGUGCUUCUCGGUGCCGCUGCCCGCGCGCCUGCGGCCGCCGCCGGGGCCCGGGGCCGGGGCCGAGCCCGAGCCCGCGCCGCGGCUGCAGGUCACGCUGGUGGACUGCCCCGGGCACGCCUCCCUCAUCCGGACCAUCAUCGGCGGGGCCCAGAUCAUCGACCUGAUGAUGCUGGUCAUCGAUGUGACCAAGGGGAUGCAGACCCAGUCAGCCGAGUGCCUGGUGAUCGGGCAGAUCGCCUGCCAGAAGCUGGUCGUGGUGCUGAACAAGACGGACCUCCUACCCGAAGGGAAGCGACAGGCGGCGAUCGAGAAGAUGACCAAGAAGAUGCAGAAGACCCUAGAGAGCACCAAGUUCCGUGGUGCACCCAUCAUUCCCGUGGCGGCCAGGCCUGGGGGCCCAGACGCCCCUGAAACGGAAGCUCCACAGGGCAUCCCCGAGCUCAUCGAGGUCCUGACAUCCCAGAUUUCCAUCCCGAUGAGAGACCCCUCGGGACCGUUCCUCAUGUCCGUGGACCACUGCUUCUCCAUCAAAGGCCAGGGCACCGUGAUGACGGGGACCAUCCUCUCGGGCUCCGUCCGCCUCGGCGACAGCGUGGAGAUCCCCGCCCUCAAGGUGGUGAGGAAGGUGAAGUCCAUGCAGAUGUUCCACACGCCCGUCGCCUCCGCCACGCAGGGGGACCGGCUGGGCAUCUGUGUCACCCAGUUCGACCCCAAGCUGCUGGAGCGCGGCCUGGUGUGCGCCCCCGAGUCCCUGCACACGCUCCACGCGGCCCUCAUCUCUGUGGAGAAGAUCCCGUACUUCCGGGGGCCCCUGCAGACCAAGGCCAAGUUCCACAUCACCGUGGGCCACGAGACGGUCAUGGGUCGGGCCAUGUUCUUCAGCCCCGCCCCAGACGCCUUCGACCUCGAGCCCGUGCUGGACGCCUUCGACUUCUCGCGCGAGUACCUCUUCCAGGAGCAGUACCUGUGCCCAGGCUCUGCGCCGACCGAGGCAGACGGCGGCGCGGCCGACGAGAAGGCGGGCCAGGCCUCCGAGGGCCGCUGCCCCCGGCAGCAGUGGGCCCUCGUGGAGUUCGAGAAGCCCGUCACCUGCCCGCGGCUGUGCCUGGUGAUCGGCUCCAGGCUGGAUGCGGACAUCCACGCCAACACGUGCCGGCUGGCCUUCCACGGCGUCCUGCUCCACGGGCUGGAGGACAAGAGCUACGCCGAGAGCGCCCUGCCCAGGCUCAAGGUGUACAAGCUGAAGCACAAGCACGGCAUCGUGGAGCGGGUGAUGGACGACGGCAGCGUGAUCGGCCGCGCGCUGUUCAAGAAGGAGACCAACAUCCAGCUCUUCGUGGGGCUCCAGGUGCGCCUGUCCACCGGGGAGCCAGGGGUCAUCGACAGCGCCUUUGGCCAGAGUGGCAAGUUCAAGGUCCACAUCCCCGGUGGCCUCGGCCCCGAGUCCAAGAGGAUCCUGACGCCCGCCCUGAAGAAGCGGGGCCGCGCUGGCCGAGGGGAGGCGGCCAAGCAGGAGGAGGCCGAGCGGUCGGAGCCCGCCCAGCACGUGGCUCUCAGCCUGUCUUUCAAGCGCUAUGUCUUCGACACCCACAAGCGCAUGGUCCAGUCUCCCUGAGUGCCUGCCGGCCGCCGUAGGGCACGCUGCCCGGGCCCGGCCAGGCCACAGCGCCACAUGUGCCUCCACCCCCAGGCUGUCCCCGCAGCCCCCGCGAGAGGCCCGGGGCGGCUCUGUUCCUCCACCACCCCCUCCCGCCGGGGGACGGCACCCAUGCAGGAGUGGGCUUCAGCUCCACCGUGAUGGCCAUUGUCUCCCAGGCUGCCCUGCUGGCAGCCUAGUGCUUGGCAGCUGCAAAUAAAUGUCCCGUGGUGCCCACCGCUCUGCUGGUCUCUCUG